GCAUGGAGGAGACUACUGAAGGAGGAGGAGGAGGAGGAGGAGGAGGAAGAACAAACAACGAAGACGGAGGAGGCGAGGUAGCGGUGGUGGUGUCAAGAUCUGAGCGUCAGGUGUUGCCGCGCGAGGACCUGGGCGCGGGGGAGAGAGAGGAGCCGCGCAUCACCUGGGGCCACGCCAACACCAACACGGCCUUCUUCAGGGAGGACGCGCCCACCAACGUGACAGCCAUCGUGGGGCACAAGGCGUCGCUGCCCUGCCAUGUGGUCAACCUCGGCAAGAAGGAGGUGUCGUGGAUCAGACAGCGCGACCUGCACAUACUGACCGUGGGAAUCUACACUUACACCAGCGACGACCGGUUCAAGGUGUACCAUCCCGAGAAGAGUGAUCAGUGGUACCUGGAGAUCAGUUCCGUCACCUUCCGGGAUGCUGGAGUGUACGAGUGCCAGGUGUCCGCCAGCCCCAAGAUCUCCCUGCCCAUCAUGCUCUCCGUGGAAGUGCAGCAGGCGCGGAUCGAGGGCCCGGCGGAGGUGUACAUCCAGAAGGGCUCGACCAUCCGCCUCACCUGCCGCGUCAACACCCACUCGGAGAACGUGGGCGCCGUUACCUGGUUCCGGGACACCCACAGACUUGACUACGACUCCCCCAGGGGCGGGGUCAGCGUGGAGAUAGAGAAGACUCCCUCCCGCACCACGUCUAAGCUCUUCAUCACCCGGGCCAUGCGGACAGACGUGGGGAACUACACCUGCGUCCCACAGUUUGCGGACGCCGCUUCGGUACAGGUCCACGUGGUCAACGGAGAGGAGUCAGCUGCUGUCCACACCGCCGGCAGCCCCUCAGCACGCAGCGACGGGCGUGCUGUGUGCGUGCUGCUGAUGCUGGCGAUGAUGCUGAGCCGGCGGUGACAUUCUUUGGGGAUCUUGGACGAGGAACAUCUGAGAAGGAGGUGAAAGAAGAGGAAGAGGAAGAACGCUACUCCAUUACUCUAUUUCAUCACCACCACCACCACCACUAACACCACCACCACUACCACCAACACCACCACCACCACCACCACCACCACUAC